AUCGAGAGCUAGCUUAUUAGCUAUCAUGGCCACGGCGGCGCCUCCUCCGUUCCCGGCCUCGGCGGCGCUGGCGGUGGCGACGCUGCUGCUGCUCUGCCUGAGCGGCGGGUGCAAUGCGCAGACGCCGGUGUUCGCGUGCGACGCGUCGAACGCGACGCUGGCGGCGUACGGGUUCUGCAACCGGUCGGCGACGGCCGCGGCGCGGGCCGCGGACCUGGUGUCGCGGCUGACGCUGGCGGAGAAGGUGGGGUUCCUGGUGGACAAGCAGGCGGCGCUGCCCCGGCUGGGCAUCCCGGCGUACGAGUGGUGGUCGGAGGCGCUGCACGGCGUGUCCUACGUGGGGCCCGGCACGCGGUUCUCGCCGCUGGUGCCCGGCGCCACCAGCUUCCCGCAGCCCAUCCUCACGGCGGCGUCCUUCAACGCCACGCUCUUCCGCGCCAUCGGCGAGGUGGUGUCGAACGAGGCGCGGGCGAUGCACAACGUGGGGCUGGCGGGGCUCACGUUCUGGAGCCCCAACAUCAACAUCUUCCGGGACCCGCGGUGGGGCCGCGGGCAGGAGACCCCCGGCGAGGACCCGCUGCUCACCAGCAAGUACGCCGUCGGCUACGUCACCGGGCUGCAGGACGCCGGCUCCGGCGCCGGCGACAGCCUCAAGGUCGCCGCCUGCUGCAAGCACUACACCGCCUACGACGUCGACAACUGGAAGGGCGUCGAGCGCUACACCUUCAACGCCGUGGUGUCGCAGCAGGAUCUGGACGACACGUUCCAGCCGCCGUUCAAGAGCUGCGUGGUCGACGGGAACGUGGCCAGCGUCAUGUGCUCCUACAAUCAGGUCAACGGGACGCCCACCUGCGCGGACAAGGAUCUCCUGUCUGGAGUCAUCAGAGGGGACUGGAAGCUGAACGGAUAUAUUUCGUCCGACUGUGACUCGGUCGAUGUGCUUUACAAUAACCAGCACUACACCAAAACCCCCGAGGACGCGGCCGCCAUCUCGAUCAAAGCAGGUCUGGACCUGAACUGCGGCAACUUCCUGGCGCAGCACACCGUGGCGGCCGUGCAGGCCGGCAAGCUCUCGGAGUCCGACGUCGACCGGGCCAUCACCAACAACUUCAUCACGCUCAUGCGGCUGGGCUUCUUCGACGGCGACCCGCGGAAGCUCCCGUUCGGCAGCCUCGGCCCCAGCGACGUGUGCACGUCCUCCAACCAGGAGCUGGCGCGCGAGGCCGCGCGCCAGGGCAUCGUGCUCCUCAAGAACAAUGGCGCGCUCCCGCUCUCCACCAAGUCCAUCAAGUCCAUGGCUGUCAUUGGUCCCAACGCUAAUGCCAGCUUCACAAUGAUCGGCAACUACGAAGGCACGCCGUGCAAGUACACGACGCCGCUGCAGGGCCUGGGCGCGAACGUGGCCACGGUGUACCAGCCGGGCUGCACGAACGUCGGGUGCAGCGGGAACAGCCUCCAGCUCGACGCCGCCACGAAGGCCGCGGCCAGCGCUGACGUGACCGUGCUGGUCGUCGGCGCUGACCAGUCCAUCGAGCGCGAGAGCCUGGACCGGACGAGCCUCCUCCUGCCGGGCCAGCAGCCGCAGCUCGUGUCCGCGGUCGCCAACGCAUCCAACGGCCCGUGCAUCCUCGUCAUCAUGUCCGGCGGGCCGUUCGACAUCUCGUUCGCCAAGUCCAGCGACAAGAUCGCCGCGAUUCUCUGGGUCGGCUACCCCGGCGAAGCCGGCGGCGCCGCCAUCGCCGACGUCCUCUUCGGAUACCACAAUCCAAGUGGAAGGUUGCCGGUGACGUGGUACCCCGAGUCGUUCACCAAGAUCCCGAUGACCGACAUGCGCAUGCGGCCAGACGCGUCGACCGGGUACCCCGGCCGGACGUACCGGUUCUACACCGGCGACACGGUGUACGCCUUCGGGGACGGCCUGAGCUACACCAGCUUCGCGCACCGCCUCGUGUCCGCGCCGACGCAGGUGGCCGUGCAGCUCGCGGAGGGCCACGCGUGCCUGACCGAGCAGUGCCUGUCCGUGGAGGCCAAGGGCGGGCACUGCGAGAACCUGGCGUUCGACGUGCACCUCCGGGUGCGGAACGCGGGCAAGGUGGGCGGCGGGCACACGGUGCUCCUGUUCUCGUCGCCGCCAGCGGUGCACAACGCGCCGGCGAAGCACCUGCUGGGGUUCGAGAAGGUGUCCCUGGAGCCCGGGCAGGCCGGCGUGGUGGCGUUCAAGGUGGACGUGUGCAGGGACCUGAGCGUCGUGGACGAGCUGGGCAACAGGAAGGUGGCGCUGGGCAGCCACACGCUGCACGUCGGGGACCUCAAGCACACGCUCAACCUGAGGGUGUAAAGGGAACUGCUGCAAUUGGGCGCGGCCUUGGAAUGGUGCAGUUGGAAUUGGUGGAUUGGAUGGGUCAGGGGGAGGGAGAGGGGUUCGUCAGAAUUGGUUCAGGAGGUUCAGCAAUAAGGGCUUCCCGUUGGGAAAGAAUUGGAUCAUCCACGGGCAGCGUAGUCUCUUUGUUUGGUGGUAUUGGAUUCAUUUGGAGGGUCCAUUUGCAAUUGUAAUCUCGGAGAAGUGUAAUUGACUGAAAGGGUGAAGGGUUCGUUCAUUUCUUCAGAUUCAAGUCAAGGUGUUCAAA